AUGGGGGUCUGCAAGCGAGUUCUCGAAAGCCUUAGGGUCGCUCUCUUGGCAAUCGUGCGCACGUUCUGGAUCUUCUGUGAAAGCUCAUCCCUCCACGGACUGCGCUACAUUGCAGGUUCAGGUCGGGAAGGCUUCCUUCUACGGUUCGUUUGGAGCGUGUUUUCCCUAGUCGGACUAGGUUUCACAGUAACCCUAGGAUACUCAGCCUGGGAGCAGUUCCGCACUAACCCCACACUAACCACCAUCGAGACGACCACGUUUCCCGUUUCUAUGAUCCCAUUUCCUUCCGUUACGCUGUGCAACAUCAACAAAAUACACUCUGCCAAAGCGAAAGAACUCAGCCAGCAGCUAAUCGAUCUAGGGAUGAGUGAAAACGAUACCGUAGAUCUGCUGGGCGCCCUGCCACGUUUGCACGACUAUCGUCCGGUCAGCGAUCGGGUGCUGGAGUUGGAACAGUUCCUUCUGUCCAAGGGGUACGACGCAGAGCGGCUCGCGUUCGAGGUGGCCCCGCCCUGCGAAACGAUGAUGGUGGACUGCUUCUGGCUAAUGCAACCGGUGCCCUGUGCGAAGGUGUUCCGAAGGACGAAAAUAUUCGCUGGCUACUGUUGCUCGUACAACGCGGACCAGUUUCUGGAGCCCAUCAAUACGCGAGCAGGCGAUCGCGAUUCCUCGGAAAGCUUGUAUGUGACCGGGAUCGGCAAGGGCGAAGGACUUUCCGUGCUUGUCGACAUCGGGGAAAGCUAUUACACCGGCCCGCAUCGCUUCACGCACGGGGUUAAGGUGUUUGUGCACCAGUCUUUCGAUAUACCGGACGCCUCGGACUACACGGCAAUCGUGCAGCGUGGCGUGGAAACGGAUGUGUCCGUGUUGCCCGUGAUAAUCUCCGCGAGUCCGGCAAUGCGUGCGAUGCCCGUCGAACGGCGAGGAUGCGCGUUUGAUGGGGAAAAAACUAUUACCACGGCCCUGCGCUACACCCAUAGUAAUUGCAUGAACGAAUGCGAACAGCGCCAUUGGCAGCGGGUUUGCCAGUGCGUUCCGUUGUUCAAGCAGAUCGUGGAGUUGCAAGUUUUACGUGUCCCCGUUUGUGGCUUCCGUGAUCUACCGUGCCUGUUGCAGGAGAAAGAACACACCUUAUUUACAUCGGAGUCGGAAAAUGUUACCACCCCGUCGCUGUCGGUAUGGAAGAACGUCAAGUGCCACUGCUUUCCCAGCUGCACCAUUGAGAAAAACGAAGUGCUGUCCAUAUCCAACUCUAUUGCCUACACCGAAGGCGAUAUGUUUGCGCCAGGGAUCAACUUUUCCGCCUACGGCCUAUUACACGUACAUUUUCGAUCCACGAACUGUCUUAAGUAUCGGCGGGAGCCGUUCCUGACUUGGCAAUCGUUGGUGGCUACUUUCGGAGGCAUCUUUGGACUUUGCAUGGGAGGAUCCAUUCUGAGCGUGCUGGAAAUGUUGUACCACUGUGGCAUCACACCGUUUGUCGUGUACGGCGGUUUAAGGAGAAGAUUGACUAACAAGGCAGCCCCGCAGGCCGUUGUUCACAUCUCCUAUCUGGAUUUCCCUGGCCGUGUACCGAUCGGUUACUUUCGACGCAACGAGGUGAUGGCUAGGGAGCUGCAAAAUGCCCGCCCUGGCUGGUGGCUGGCGAAAGAUCUGCAUACCGUUAGCAAGCAGUGGCCCAAACGCUACACCGAUGAGUUUAACCUAAUGGCCUAA